UUGUUGUUAGAGAUCAGAUCCGGAGCGUCCAGUUUGUCUGUUCAUCGACGGCGUCGUCUUCAUUACUCCACAAGGUCUUGACCUGACCCGAGACCGACCAGCAGCGGACGUGAGAUGAACACACUGUGGCUGCCGCUUCUUCUGAGCUCAGUCGUACGGGCAGAGGACCAGUAUUUUCCUCAGUCGACCAAUGCCACAUGGGACCAGGCCAGACUCCACUGUCGGUCCUGCUUCAGAGAGAUGACCACCGUCACCAGCAGGAACGUCCACCUCGUCGUGCAGAACCUCUCUUGGGACUACUGGGUGGGACUCCGCAAGAGCUACAACGGCUCGUUCCCGUGGGCCGCGUGGUCCAACGGAGAUCCCGUUACGUAUCAGAACUGGUACCCCGGUCACCCUGUUCCAAAUAAAGACAAGAAACUCAUUCCCAUAUGUCCCUCGACUACGGAAAGCCCGGCGAGCUCCGCGACGACUACAUCGACAGCGACCCCAGCGACCUCCACCGUAACGUCCGCUCCGGUCACGUUUCCGAAGAGCUCCACGAUGUGGACCAACAGGGCGCAGGAAGAGCUGGAAGAAGAAACGUGCCCCAUACUGAACGAAAUGCUCGACUGCUUGAACAUGACGUGCCCCGAGCUGGAAAUCUUCGUGGCUAUGUGUAACAGAACAACGAUCGUCACUCCCAAGACCACAAAGAGUAACCAAACGCUCGAGGUCACGACAUUUAGCACCACCUUCAAUGCCACAACAGCCAAAAGCUCCACGGCUAGACACGUCACAAACGACAACGCCACAACCCAGACCCCCACAACCCAGAGACCCACAACCCAGAGAACCACCACCAGCGACUGCGUCUUCGAACCCGAGCCGGAUCCCGAGCACUACAUCGAGGACGCUUGCGUGGCGCUGCUCAGCUUCGGCAUGUGGAAGGAAAAAGACUGCAAUACCAGCCUACCCUACAUCUGUUACGAAGAGCGCUUCUUCGGCCAGAUAGGGGUUUUUGACAAGGACACCAGUUCAGCCAAUGUGAGCUGGUCCGAGGGACCCGGAGCCGCGAACAUCAGCCACUACAGAGUGGAGAUCACCGGGGACAAAAACCAGACGUUUAACCAGACCGACCUGUCCCAACACGUCCAGGACCUCACGGCGGGAACUCUAUACAGCGUCCAGGUGUUUCCCGUGAAAUGCGGCAGGUAUCUCAAUCCACAGAAUAUCUCCUUCUACACCCAGCCCUCCGAUGUGCAAAAUCUGACCAUAGAGGGUGUGACGACUAACAGCGCCUUCCUCACGUGGAGCAAACCCGAAGGAAACAGCGACUUCUACCUAGUAACUUUCCUAAACGAUUCGAAACCUGCGACACAAAAGUGCUCCAGCGUGAACUGCACCAUCACCGGUCUGAUUCCAGGAGCUGAGUAUCUGUUCACGGUCAAAGCUGUGGUGAAUCAGACCUUUGAAGGCGUGGCGUGCAGCGCUUCUGAUCACACCGUACCUUCGACGGUCAGAAACCUGAAAUCAGCAGACAAUGACAGCACGGUCAUAACGGCCACUUGGGAAAAGCCCGUGGGAGAACAUUCGGGAUACCGCUACUACCUCCAAGAAGUAGAUAACAGCUUCGAGUGUCCGAACUGCAGCGUCUUAACAAGCAGCAACGCGACAAACUGGCAGAACACAGAAAAAGAGGUCAUCGUAGAGAGCGGCAAAUCGGACGGCGUCAAGUUCUGUCUGUGUGUGGCGGCGCUGACCAAGAAAAACAGCUUGUCGGGAGAAAUGCUGCUGAUCUCUGCAUACACGCGCCCAAAAUCCGUGAUCCUCUCUUUGGACCCCAAAUCCAACUCCAUGAACGCCACGUGGGAUAUAAUGAAUGGGAAGUUUCAAAUGUUUGAAGUUACCAUUAAAACAGACGCAUACCAAUAUAGCUCUCAGAAUUAUACGACAGACCUUUAUUACAAUUUCCAAAGUCUGAAGGCAGGAGUGAAGUACACAGUUACCGUCGUCACUCUUAACGGUAACUUGAGAAGCAAAGCUGUCGAACUGUCAUGUUACACAUACCCCACCACACCUGACUGGGUCAAUGCCACCGCCGGCAAAACUAGCAUAACGCUGUUCUGGGGACCCCCGAAGGAGUCGCAGGACGCCUUGAUUCAGUACAAGGCAGGGUGUCAAAGUGUUUUUUGGAAGACGGAAAAAGUGAUUUAUACGAAUGAGACAAAAUACACCUUUACUGGUUUAAACGCAGGAACCAGAUAUAUACUAAAGGUCAGUGUCGUGGCGGGAAACUUGUCAAGUGACUCACCAGCCACCACUGAUAAAGACACAGUGCCUGACAGGAGGACCCUGACGCUCUCAAUGUUGUGUUCCUCUGAAACGCUGCUUCACUGCGACAAGAACGACACUCGGACCGAACUGCUGAACAAGCUGAGGAACAUAAUGAGUGACACAUUUCAAAACAACGUCCACUGGAAUCUCAAUAUCGCAAAAAGACCUUGAGACCGCCUCUGAAUCCCCGUGACGCGGCCUGCUGGAGAAAAAAAUCACAUUAUUUCAAAGCAAUAUAUAUUCAAUGAACCAACAAUAUUUGUAAUGCUUUCAGGUUCAUUAAAUUAGAGAGGAGGAGAAAUGCAGAGAAGGUAAAGUCUGCAUUAUGGAGAUAUAGUACAGUAGUCACAGGGAUAUAGUAAAACCUGACAGUUUUGACCUUAUGAGGAGAACAGCUCAUAAUAGACCUCUUUUGUGAAAAUGUGAAAAUGCAAAAAAUGGUUUGUGUGGGUCAUGCUUAGGGUGAGGGGUGCAUUGGUUGAAGUGCUUGUUAAUAUUAUAUUCUGUUACAAAUUGCAUUUCGAUAAUUUACUUUAAAUAGAGUGGAGUGAUGAUAUUUGAAACAUGAAUGCCAUUUUCCUGAACUUUGUUUUUGCUUCAGUGGUGCAUUCAUGAUGGAUUUCUGCAGAUUGUUUGGCGAUGGUUUUCUUUAAGAUGUUUCCAUUAGUUUGUUCACUUUAUUUCACUACUUCAUGCAAAUUCUUGUACUUGUAACCUACAGUUAUAUGUAAAAUAAAGAUACAUUUACUAGCA